AAUUUGAUUUACCCCCUGUACUAACUAAUCAAAAAAAAUUCUGAGAUUAAAAAGAUGGUAGUAUAUAAAUUUUCAAAUUGCGGAAAGUUGUGCUAUUUAGGAGUUGUAUUUCUUUCAUUUAAAAAUGAAUUCCUACUUGUUGCUGUUGCUGGGAAAAGUAUGGUGAAAGAUCAAAAUCAUUGAACAAAAUGAAUAAAAACUUAGAAGAACAAAUUCAACUGUUUAUCUUUUCUGGAUAUUCGAUGAACAACAAUUGCUAUCCAUCAGUUGUUUGUCCUGGUUGCCAAAGAAAUCUUUACAGACUCAAAAAGGAAGACUUACCUCGUGGUGAAUGGGGAGCUAAGGUUACCAAAGUAGAGUGGAAAACUCUUUUGAGAAAUAGCCCCAGUUUAACUUUUCCAGAUGAGAUGACUAGUUUACCGACAACUGAGUCAAGUAUAUGUUCUUUUUGCUAUACAUUACCUGCAAUUGGUAGUUCUCAUAACUGUACACCCACCAGUGCUGUGGCUAAUAUCAUUACACUUUCAUUUCUUCUAGGUUCUCUUCAAGCUGAACAGGUUGCUUCUGGAAUUAUAAAAAGUAAAAUGGCUACAGAAAGUUUGAUUGACAGAUCAACAUUUUGUUUAUCUACAAGAGGAAAUCUGCUCAAAGUCACAGUUUGUACACCAGAAAACAAAUCAAAAAGAACUUCUAUUAAGCAGCUUUCCAUCAAAAUAAUAAAGCAGUUACAAAUUGUGUUAGAACUUUCAAAUAGAAAAAUAAAAGAGAUGCUUUCUACUUAACGCAAAGGUUUAGGAAAUAAGCUUACCAUUGAGCCUAAUAUUUUUGGUCGUCUUUCUGAAUUAGAAAAAUAUAUUUCUAAUUACUACAGUGUGCAGAAGUGCGUGUUUGUUGAUAGUAAAGGCCAUUUUAUUUUACGAGAUCUUGUAUUAAGGAGGGAGGGUCCAUAAUCAUCCUUUUUAAAAUUUUUUUAUAGUUUAACCAAUUUUUUUUAACUAGU